AUACUCCUUAAAGUGUUUUCUAAAGACAAAAAAAUGUUAGCCUCUAGAAAAUAUUUUUUUCUAAUAUUAUUAGCAAACUUUAUAAUGUGAAUUAUUACUGCAUCAAGAUGCAGUAGAUGUACAGAAUAUUCUUAAAAUGUCUGGCUACUUUUUUCGUCAAUGUUAUGAAAAAAAUUUUAUAUAAAUAUGAAAUUGUACAAAUGAUUUUUUCUCCUGUAUCAAGUAGAGUAUUCAGCAUACGUAAAUAUCAAACUUGGCAAUGUGCGAUAACGGAACGAUCUCACGCAUCGCGUAGCGCCAUAUCCGGGCGUGCAGUAAAAAUUCAGCGCUGGCAGUGACCGGUAAAAUGCAGUACAGUUAUUCGCGGUCGUGAUAAUUUCGCGGUGCCUCGUGCUGAUAAAUGUGCGACGACGAUCGUUUAACGGAUCAUUUACGCCGAGCACGAUGACACGCAUCACGUUUCUGCAUCCUGAUCUCGGUAUCGGCGGUGCGGAGAGACUGGUCGUUGACGCGGCACUCGCUCUGAAGAAGAACGGUCACGACGUGAAUUUCGUAACGACUCAUCACGAUCCGGAGCACUGUUUCUCAGAGACCAAGGAUGGUACCAUUCCGGUCACCGUCGUGGGCAAUUGGAUCCCCAGACACGUAUUGGGCAGAUUCUACGCGCUUUUUGCUUACAUACGUAUGGUAUACGCAGCUAGUUACAUAAUAUUGUGUGAUCAACGACCAGAAGUUGUCUUCUGCGACCUGGUGUCCAUCUGCAUACCUGUACUCCGACUGCGCAUUCCAUACGUGGUGUUUUACUGCCAUCAUCCAGAUCAGCUGCUUUCACAGCCUGGAGGUUACAGUAAACAGUUAUAUCGCAUGCCCUUAAACUAUCUGGAAGAGAUCACAACCGGCAUGGCGCAUAAAGUAUUUGUAAAUAGCAUUUACACAGGCAGCGUGUUCAAGAGCACAUUCAAAAGAUUGCAAAUAAAGCCCGAAGUUUUAUAUCCUUCCAUUAACACAGACUUCUUCGACAAGACGAGAAUAGUGUCUGUAGAGAGGGUGCUCGACAGGAAACUCCCUGACAAUAGCAUUAUAUUGUUGUCUAUUAACAGGUACGAGCGUAAGAAAAAUUUGUCCCUCGCGAUAAAGGCUCUUGCCGAGCUGGAGAAAGUUCUAACAAAGGAAGUAUACAAGAGAGUGUACUUGAUUAUGGCGGGCGGAUAUGACAAGAGGGUUGAGGAAAAUGUGGAGCAUCACUUGGAGUUGAUAGGACUUGCGGAUGAGCUACAUGUAACGGAUAAAGUGAUAUUUCUUCGCUCGCCUUCCGAUAUCGAUAAAGUUUCCAUACUUCAUCAUUGUAAUAUUGUGAUAUACACACCGCCGAACGAGCACUUCGGAAUAGUACCGUUAGAGGCGAUGUACGUGGGCAAGCCGGUAAUCGCGCACAAUUCCGGUGGUCCGAUGGAAUCGAUAGUUUCCGGAGAGACCGGUUUUCUCGUCGACUUAUCCGGCGAGGCGUUCGCCGAGAAAAUAGCUCUUCUAAUCACGAAUCCAAAUCGAAUCGAAGAUUUCGGCAAAGCGGGUAAAGACAGAUUUUUGAUGACAUUCAGUUUUGCUGCGUUCAGCAUGCAAUUGAAUAAGGCAAUAGAUAACUUGACUGACAAAAAGACGAAAUAAUAAGAUGGUAAGAAAGAUAUUUUGAAUGAUCACUAAAUAAAGAUAAAAAUGAUAACGCGAAGAGAUGAGUGAAAGUAUCGUUUUUCAAACGACGUAUUUAUAACACUCCAUUAAGUGUCCGAUUAAAAAUUACAUUUUCCACUCUACGUUUAUAACUUCAUCUUAUUUAGCUUGUUUAAUUAUAUUCUACAUGGGAAUGAAAUUUAAUAUAUAUAUAUGGUUUAUGCAAAUCAUUAUAUAAAUUAUUACUUAAAACAGUGGCGUAGCUAGGAAAGAGUUUCGGGG